AUGGUCAUCGCCAAGCAGCUGCUGCGCAGCUCACCGCGGCAGCCGGCUACCAGCUCAAGCGUGGGGCCGCUAAGCCAAGCGAUUCAGUGGUCUUUGCAGGUGAUCCACCCGUUCACUGUGCAUCCUGCCCUUCCCCCGAAGAUCUUGGAGAACAUCAAGCUCAUCGUGUCGUCGCCGCAGGCGCUGACAGCUCGUCGCCAAGAACUUCUUCACUUCUGGCACAGCCGCGCUCUGGCUCUACUACCGGAUACUGAUCGGCAACUUCGUUCUGUGCCGGAUCCAGCUCUGCGACGUCUACUUCGCGGCGUCCCCGACUACGUUGAUCUGCAACUCGGUCUUUGCACCCAUGUUGCUCUCUAUGACGAGUUCUUUGCGGCCAUUGACUGCUCAGACAACGAACUCCUCUCCAGCCUCCGCUCGGGUUUCCCGAUCGUUGGAGAGAUUCGGAGGUCCCUCUGGGAGUCCACGCUCGAGGACGUCAAGGAGGCCUCCACGGUGGGACCCUUCGGAUCUGAAGAAGAGGAUCCUUCGGAUGGCGUGCCCAAGUUCUUUGUGAUGAUUGGCCACUCCUUCGGGCUGGUCGCCGCAGUCUACAACUAUAACCGCCGAUCGGCAAUGAUCGACGAUAUCUUUGUCAAGUUGUUCAACAUGGUCGCCUUCAACUUCUACGAUGACAAGUGUGGCUUUGAGACGGAUCUCACCGCCCGAUCGGCCAGGACAGUUGCUGAAUGCGUUCAUUUUUGGCUUGGAGCUCUCUUCGACGAUAAGAAACUCCAGUUGUCGGUCUCUCCGGUGAUCCUGGGGGUCACGUUCAAUCUUGAGCUCCUUGUUCUGGAGAUCAAAGAUCAGCGGAGAAAGGAGCUCACGGAGAUGAUCGACGGCAUCCUCGAGACUGGUUCUCUCGAUCCAGGGACGGCCGGAAAGCUCAAAGGGAAGCUGAUGUAUGGGGCGAGCCAGCUCUGGGGCAAGGUCGGUCGUGCUUUCUUUCG